AGAACUGCAUUAGAGAGAGAGAGAGAUGGGGAGAGCUCCUUGCUGUGACAAAGCUAACGUAAAGAAAGGUCCAUGGUCUCCUGAGGAAGAUGCUAGACUCAAGUCAUAUAUUGAGCAAAACGGCACCGGAGGAAAUUGGAUUGCUUUGCCUCAGAAAAUUGGCCUUAAAAGAUGUGGAAAAAGCUGUAGACUGAGAUGGUUGAACUACCUUCGCCCAAAUAUCAAGCAUGGUGGUUUUUCUGAAGAAGAAGAUAACAUAAUUUGCAGCCUCUAUAUAAGCAUUGGAAGCAGAUGGUCGAUUAUUGCGGCUCAACUACCGGGUAGAACAGAUAACGAUAUCAAGAACUAUUGGAACACGAGACUGAAGAAAAAACUCCUUGGGAAGCAGCGCAAAGAACGUGCUGCUCGAAGAGGGAGCACAUCUAAAUUAUCCAAAGAAGAAGCCAAUAAUACUGAGAACUCCAUUACUCCAACCGACAAAACAAAUGGACACGCUCCAUACUGGCCGAAUCAGCUAUCAGCGUUCGCACCCAUACCCUAUUCAAACCAAGAGCCACGAUUCAAUGAUCACGCGUCCAUGAGGAGACUUCUGAUCAAGCUCGGUGGUAGGUUUUCAAACGGUGAGGAUUUUCAAGCCCGGGAUGACACACUUCGUGACUUGCCUUCAUCUUAUGUGCCCUUCGGUUUCCCUAACACUACUCCCCAAGAGAUUACGGUAAACAAUAACAUGAUCAAUGGGGGAGUUAGCGGUUUGAUUCCCUUUCCAUCUGAGUUAGAUGGAAAUGUUGUGUAUGGGAACAACUCACAUAGAUCAUCAGAUGGAUUAGAGUUUUUAUAUGCAGACAUGGUCAACAAUAAUAACAUGAGUUUUCCAAUUGAAAAUGUUAAUGGAGAAGAAGGCAUAAUGGAGUGGCAGCAAGGUGUAAUCAACAGAGAUCCAAACUUUGAGGGCUUCCCACAAGUCUUAGUCGAUGAGAUGAGGUUUCUUAUGGCGAACUAA